CUUACAUGGAUCCAGAGAUUAUUCAGGGAAAGAAAUAUACUAAAGCUUCAGAUGUAUAUAGUUUUGGUAUGAUCAUGUGGGAAUUGAUGACAGGUAGAAGGCCUUUUUGGGAUCGAUACCAUAAUACAGAACUUAUUAUUCAAAUAUGUGAUGGACUUCGUCCUCCAAUUGUUACAAAUGCACCUGAAGGCUAUAUUGAAUUAAUGCAAGAAUGUUGGCAUCAUGAUCCAAAGAAAAGACCAACAGCUUUUGAUAUAGAAUCAAAAAUUCGAAAUAUUUUGUUAAUGGAAUCUGAUAAUUGUCGUGACAAUAAUCCUACUAAAAUUAUAAAGUCACCAGAUAUUGGACCAAUAACGAUAAAUAAUCCAGAUUUUAUUUAUAAAAGUAGAUCUUUGAGUACAAUGAUCAAUUCUGUUGAAUCUACGGAAAUUUUUACAAAACUUGACCCGUACCAAAGUAGUGAUGAAUUUUUUAAUGAUAAAAGAGAACUUGAUAUUAAUCUGAUUGAAGAAAGAACAAAUAAAAAAAUUAAAUUAACCGAAAUUGAUGAUGAUGAUGACGAAGAAUUUGAAUUUGACCGUUUAACAAAAGAAUCUGAGUUUGAUCAGUAUUUAUAGUAAUAUUGAUCUUAGCAAAUUUAAUAAUAGCAAUAGGAUGGCAAUAAACCCGACCAUAACUGACCAUGUGUAAUAACCUGUUACAUGCAACAGACAUCAGGAAAUAGUCGGGAAAAUAGGGAUUGGUAAUUUUUAUUCAGUUUAUUAUAUUUAUUAUAUUUAUUUUUUAUGUUCGAUUUUUUUUUAAUUAUAUAAAUUAAUAAAGUAUUUAAAAAUGUUACCAA